AGGCGUCUUCGCAAAAGCUGAUCAUCCGGAUUGGGGACACCAAUGUUGAGUAUGAUGAAAAGUUCUGCCUCUACAUGACGUCCAGGUUGCCUAAUCCGCAUUUCAGCCCAGAGCUUUCCGCCAAGACCACUGUUAUUGACUUCACCGUGACGCUGAGAGGUUUGGAGCAGCAAUUGCUCGGACGCGUGCUCAACAUGGAGCAAAGAGCUUUGGAAGAGAUGCUUAUUCAACUCAAGGAAGACGCUACAACCAACACCAAAUCCCUGCACACGCUGGGGAAGCAGCUUCUCGACCGGCUCUCAAGCUCCAAGGGCAACCUCCUGGACGACACCGAGCUCAUUGAAGUCCUUGCAAGCACCAAAGCAAAAGCAAAAGAGGUGGAAGGCAAGCUGGACGAAGCCCGUCAAAGGACGCUUGAGAUCGACGAGAAGCGAGAGCAGUUCAGGCCAGUGGCAACUCGAGGAAGCUUGAUGUAUUUCAACAUGACUGACAUGGUGCUGGUCAGCAAUCCCAUCACAUUGCAGCCAAGCGGCUGGAUGUACAGCUGCUCCUUGGAUCAGUUCCUCGAGCAGUUUGACCACUCGGUGAAAAACUCGGACAAGGUCCAGCCGACUGUAAAGCGGGUGGACAAGAUCAUCGACUUCCUCACGUACCAGGUGUACCGCUACAUGAACCGGGGUCUCUUUGAGAGGGACAAGAUGAUGUUCAGGUUGAUGGUCGCCUUGAAGAUCUCCGUUGUCAACGGCGAGCUGACCAGCGAUGAUGUGAUGCUCUUCCUGAAGGCGGGAGGAUCGCUGGACAAGAACACGGAGAAGCCGUGCCCAUAUAGCAAAUGGAUCAACGAGAAGGUGUGGCUCAACAUCAUCCAACUCACCCGCCACGGUUUCGGCCGGGAGCAGGUACCCUUGUUCCGUGACCUCACUGAGCUUCUGGGGAGGAAUGACAUCGGCUGGCGCAGGUGGUUGGAUGAGGGCGAGCCGGAGAACUGCCCGAUUCCGGAGUAUGAAGACCGAAUCGUCAUGCAACGAACUUUGGGCCCCUUCAUCCGGCUCGUGCUGGUCCGUUCUUUGCGUGAGGACCGGGUCGGCAUCGCUUGCGCGCAAUAUAUUGAUAGACAGCUGGGUGCCAGAUUCACAGCCCCAGUGAGCGAUACCAUCUUCGAGGUCUACCAGGAGUCGAGCGCUCGGAAGCCAGUGCUCUACCUGCUGUCGGCUGGCACCGACCCCACCAACAUGAUCGAUGAACUCGCCAAGCGGAAAAAGAAGUUCCCAACUGACAAGGUCUCCAUGGGUGAGGGCCAAGAGAAGGUGGCGCGGGAGAAGAACAACGCCGCCUUCAUCACCGGGGGAUGGCUGGUGUUGCAAAAUUGCCACUUGGGGAUCAACUACAUGAACGAGGUGGAGGAGACCAUCAUCCGAAUGCCCGAGAUCCAUGCGGAUUACCGGCUGUGGGUGACCUGCGAGAUCACCUCGCGGUUCCCCAUCGGGCUUUUGCAUCUCUGCAUCAAAGUGACCCAGGAGCCCCCUGCUGGUUUGAAGGCAUCGCUUCACAGGACCUACACCACCAUGGUGACUCAGGAGACCUUGGACAAGGUGGAUCAUGAGAAGUGGCGCGCGCUGCUGUACGCCAUCGCAUUCCUGCAUAGCAUCGUGCAAGAGCGGCGGAAGUUCGGAGCCAUUGGGUGGUGCGUGCCCUAUGAGUUUAACAACUCGGAUCUCGAUGCCUCGCUGCUGUUCCUGGAGAAGCAUUUGUCGUCCACCAUCAUGGUGGGCAUCCCCCUGUCCUGGAACACAAUUCAGUAUAUGGUCGCAGAGGUGCAGUAUGGGGGUCGCAUCACCGACGACUUAGAUCGGGAGCUCUUCAUCACAUAUGCGGCCAAAUGGCUGUGCGACGACAUGUUCAGGCCUUCAUUCAACUUUAACUCUUACAGCGCUGAGUACGGCUACAAGAUCCCAGAUGGACUGGAGAUGUCGGUGUACCGCGACCACAUCGAGAACAUCCCUCCAGUGGAUUCGCCGUUGAUAUUCGGGCUGCACCCGAACGCAGACAUCACCUACCGCCUCAAAGAGGCUUCGGAGAUGCUGACGACCAUCAUCGAGACCCAACCUAAAGAUGGCAAUGCCUCCGUGGGGAAGUCCAUGGACGAGAAGGUCCGGGAAGAAGCCUUGGAGCUCCUGGAGAAGGUGCCUCCGGAGUUGGUGGAGGAGGUCUUCCGUGCGCAGGUCCAAAAGCUCCGUGGCCCCCCGCGCAUCGACGAACGAGGCUUCAAAGCGCCGUUGAACAUCUUCUUGUUCCAAGAGUUGCAACGGCUGCAAAACAUCAUCUUCAUUGUGCGCUCGAAUUUGGACAACCUCGUCUUGGCGAUCGAGGGCGUGGUUGUAAUGACGGUCGACUUGCUGGAAGACUCCAACUGCGUUUUCGAUGGGCGGGUGCCAAAGAAGUGGACACAUGACGCAUCUGGAGCUGAAAUCUCGUGGCUGCUGCCCACCAUCGGUGGCUGGUGUACUGGCUUGACCGACAGGUACACUCAGCUGAACACCUGGCUUGAGUAUGGCCGGAAGGAGAUGAAGUCGUAUUGGAUCACGGGGUUCACGAACGCGCAGGGCUUCCUUACCGGCAUCCGACAAGAGGUGACCCGGCUUCACAAGAAGGAUCAAUGGGCCUUGGACGAUGUCGUGACCCACACCGAGGUUUUAACUUUGGAGUCACCAGAUCGUGUGCGUGAGCUGCCGGAUGAAGGUCAGAACAUCCACGGGCUGUCCAUCGAAGGCGCCAGGUGGAAUCGCUCGGAAGGCAAACUCGAGGAGAGCGAGCCCAAGAAGCUGCAGCUUGCAAUGCCUGUCAUCCACGUGACAGCAGUGGAGGUCAAGAUGUGGAAGGUGAUGAACCCGGCACCCGGCCCAUUUUCUCCGCUGAAUGCUGCUGUUUACAAGUACCCUCGGCGGAACGACAGGUACUUGAUUUUCCGAUUGCUGCUUCGGUCUGGCGAGCACCAUCCGCAUCAUUGGAAGCUUCGAGGAGUUUGCUUGGUCGCGCAGGUGGAUUGAAUACAUGAUCGAAAUUAGCGAAGCUAUAACUCAAGAUGCAUGAUUCGCGCUUAUUUUCAAAACCGACUAAAGUCUGGGAAGUACAUCGAAUUGAUGACAUGUUGGUCGGUUGAGCAUUGC